AUGGCAAAUAUUGAUACAAUGGCAGCAAAAAAUGCACUUAAACUCGGAGGUAUCAUUGCCCUUGAAGGCCUGUCGACUUUGGUUCAUAAUCUGGAAGAAGUUGCAGGGCUACAAAGAGAAACUUUUGUCGAGAGCGGGGAAAGAAGUCCUUAUAAAAUCAGUCAUUCAAGCUAUUCCGACAACCUAUUGGGUGCUUACAAGUUGCCUACUAGUGUAAUUGAUGAGUUGCGUUCACUUACGGCAAAGUUUUUUUGGGGUAAUUCGGAUAGCAGGAGAAGGGUGCACUGGAUGAAUUGGGAUGCUCUCUGUAGACCGAAAUGCUUGGGUGGGAUGGGCUUUCGAGAUUUGGGGAUCUUCAAUGAGGCUCUUCUAGGGAAGCAGGCGUGGAGAUUAAUUUCUAAGCCGGACUCGCUUCUUGGGCGUGUGAUGAAGGGUAAGUACUACCCAAAUUCUGAUUUUCUUGAGUCUUCUUUGGGGUUGAAUUGUAGCUAUUCAUGGCGUAGCAUUUGGGGGGCAAAGUCUCUCGUGAAGGAGGGUCUUAUCUGGCGAGUGGGGGAUGGUUCGAAGAUCAGAAUUUUUGAGGUUCCUUGGCUUGCGGAUGACAAUGGCAGAUUUGCUAUUUCUCCUACUGUAGAAGGCAUUUCUACAGUGAAAGACUUGAUUGACGAGAAUACUAGGGAAUGGAAUUAUGAGCUUCUAUCGACUUCCUUUGUUGAAAGGGAUGUCAAGUGUAUAUUGGCAAUUCCCUUGAGCCCCCGUGGCCGGGAAGACCUGCUGACUUGGGCAUUCUCCAUGAAUGGUAACCAGUAA